AUGGCCAUGUUCAAAUUCCCACUUGAGUCUCUUCAGACUGUUGAUUUUGCGCCUCGCCUCGUUAUCCCCCCUGCCGUCUUCCCUUCCAACCACUGGGCAUCUAGGAUGGGUUCUCUGAACCCUCACACCGAGUGCGGCAUAUCAGGGAACAUGCUUCCCUACGAAUUGGCUGUCUCUGUCUUCUGGAGAGCCGAGUUCACUACCUCCCCGGAGACCUCCGAUCGCUCCCAAAUCACGCUUGGCCACAUGAUCAAGGAUUUCGUACUUGAAGGUCCUGAACCGGCAGGGAACGACGUCUCUGGUGAGAGCGGAGAUGACGAGAGGGAAGAGCCUCGCAGAAAGAAGCGUCGCACCACCAAGGACUUUGGUGACGUAGUGCCCCUGCCUAAGCCGCACGCAUGCUGUUUCGUCGGAUGUGAUGCGAGCUUUAGCAAACCAAAGGACCUGAAGCGGCAUGAGGAAUCCGUUCACCUGGGCUACUGUUAUGUAUGCCCGAGGUGCAAGAGCGUCCUCGGACGUGCCGAUCAACUCAAAAGGCACAUCACGAACUCAUCUGAGGGCUGCUCGCAGUUCAUGAUAGAGGAUCUGAGGGCAAGGGGUGCGAGCAUAGGCACGCUCGAAGAGAUCAGCCCAACGAAUCAUAUCAAGCUCUAUUAUAAGAGUGACGCUACUGAGACGAGGCAGAAGGACAGUACGGAUCCUUAG